CCGGCGCUUGUGCGUGAGCGUACGCGAUACCGACUCCUCGUCGUGCGCGGCGUGUGUCCCCCGUGAUAGUAGUGCUCAUUAUCCGCUCAAGCAUUGUUCGUCGUGUGCUACCGUCGCCACCGCCGCCGCCGUCGCGUACUUAUAAUAAUAUAAAUAUUAUUAUUAUUAUUAUUAUUGUUGUUGUCGUUGUCGUUCUCGCCGAUUCCGAUCCCGCGACGAAUAGAUAUUAUAAUAACCGGCUACACGAUUCGCCGUCUCACGAAAUUGCAAAAUUAAUUUUUUAAUAAUAUUUUAUAGGUAGGAGGCAUUUCUUAUAAUAACCGUAUAAAUUAUAAUCACUCGUUCUGCCGGUUUAUGUUUUCCCGGCGUGUAAGAUAAAUAUUAUACUGUACCGUCGUUUUAUACUCUUGUUCAUCCGAUUGAAAUAUUAUAAGGGUUGCUAUACGACGGUCCGCGACAUGCCGGUGGUGGCUGCUGCGGCGGCAAUGAUCACCACCGCUAUGGUACUGCCGGACGGGCGGUCCACUUGCCCGAUGUUGACAUGUUGACGACGGCGGAUCCUUCGCACUCAUGUUGCUCCACCAGGGACAAGGUGCGCAUGGCCAGAAGAACACGUCACAUCUCCUACAGUCCAUACAGAACAGGCUGAUACCGGGAUGGAGCGUACACCUGGCCAACGACAAUAGACUGUUCUAUUGCAAUCACGUCACACAAACGGCAUCUUGGUUGCCGCCCGUAGAAGCGUGGCCCAAAGAUCCCGGUGCCAAGUCUUUGCCUUACGGCUGGGAACAGGCGCUUGACGGCGAUGGAAGACCUUAUUUUAUCAACCAUAUCACAAAAACCACCAGCUACGAAGAUCCCAGAAACGAUUUGGUGGAGGAGAGCCCAAAACCUAGACUGGUUACUUUAAAAAGACAUUCCGAACUAGGAUUUGGAUUUGUAGCUGGCAGUGAAAAACCCGUUAUAGUCAGGUUCGUUACUGAGGGAGGACCUAGUGAUACUAAACUUUUACCUGGUGAUCAAAUUCUUCAGAUAAACGACGAAGAUGUUCAAAAUGGUCUUAGGGAUUACGUAAUACAACUGGUGAGGUCUUGUAACGAGACAAUCACUUUACUGGUGUGUCAGCCUCCGCUCGACAAUUCGGCCAGAAAGUCGGCUUUGUUGAGUUCAGCAAAAAAAGCCAAACUCAAAUCUAAUCCAUCUAGGGUGCGUUUUGCGGAAGGAGUUCUCGUAAACGGUUCUCCAUUAUGCCCGGUGUCUGCGUUCAGCGGAGGUGACCCGAACAUAGCCUUGUUACCUAAUGUGCUCAAAGUGUUCCUGGAAAACGGACAGACCAAAUCAUUCAAAUACGACUCCACGACCAAAGUAAAGGAUGUCGUGGCUUCGUUGCAAAACAAACUAUGCAUUAAGGCCGGGGAGCACUUCGCGUUGGUUCUCGAACAAGUCAAAAGCCUCCGUAGACAUAAGCUCACGUUACUGGACCCCGAACACACUUUGGCCAGGGUUGCGUCGAGGCCAGGCUCCCAUAAUCUCAGAUGUUUAUUCCGAGUGGCGUUCGUGCCCAGAGACGCUUGCGAUUUGGCUCAAAAAGAUCUGAACGCAUUUGAGUACUUGUACUUACAAUGUUGUAAUGACGUGGUUCAAGAACGCUAUGCGCCGGAACUCAAGUACGACAUAGCUCUGCGGUUAGCCGCGUUACAUAUCCACCAACAUGCUAUGGCCAAUAAUAUCCCCUAUUGUAAGGUCACGGUCAAAGCUAUCGAACGGGAGUUUGGAUUAGAAAAGUUUGUGCCCAUAUCGCUCAUGGAGUCGAUGAAACGGAAGGAAUUGCGGAAGCUACUAACACAUUUGUUGAAACUCAACCAAACAAUGACGGGUACCAAUUACAAAACACUUACGGCGUUACAGGCGAAACUUUACUACUUGACCAUAAUUUCCGAAUUGCCCAGUUACGGCGCAAAAUGUUUCUCCACCAACGUCCGCGAUUGCAACUUGGAAACGGUGAUUCUAGUCAGCCCUAAAAUGGGAAUUAGUCAGAUCGUGGGACUCCGCAACAGUAUGCCAGUGCCUCUGGCAGAUAUUGAACAAGUAACGAUGGUAAAAGUACAAAAAGACGAUCAAAUUUCAAGUACGGUGACGUUGUAUUUACAAAACACAGUACAAAAGGAAGUCAGUUUUUGUAUGGAGGACCGCGAUACCGACGAAUUUAUACUUGUUUUAAAAGGCUAUUUUAAACUUUUGAUGACUAUGAAUUUGCCAAUCGACCGGGAAGGCGAUUUAUUACACACGGAUAGCGCACCCCAAUACUAUUCUCAUCAUGUUGUGAAACCAUCACUUUGGAGUUACGGCCCAUCGACCAUGUACGCCAAGGAACAAGAAAAAUUGACUAAUUUUUCUUUUUGUCCAAUGUACACUCCGUUCAAACACGAAAUGCUCAAACCCAAUGAUUACGGAUCUUUAAAUAGAACAAUAUGGACUGGUAUGCAAAACGGAAAUGUAGACAACAACAUGAAUACAAUGUCUUUGAAAAAACAUCAAAACGGUCAUUUAGGGUACAAAUCGAACGGCGAUAUAAAAGAGAAAUCGGGAAUCGACGUUCAAAGCGUGGUUUCCAUGGAAAUAUUGGAAAGCGACAAUACCUUUGUAGACACCCAUAACGAAGAGGUGCUGAGGAGAGUGGCCGAGAUGCAAGAGUUGGUGGAAAACUCGGAACAAUAUCUGAACAGACAUCAGCGCGAAUCCAGCGACUCGGACGGUUCUCACAUAUCGUCCGACGGUUCGGUGUCGUUGCCACCGCCUCCGACCAACCUGGGACAGCUGAAACACAGCGAUUCGCUACUUUUAUUAGCUCAAAAGGGCACUGAGGACAGCAUCACCGCCGCAGUCCAAGCGUUGAACUUAGGAGAUCUAGAGAGCGACACGGAGUCCAUCAACACGCCGUCGACCAGCCCUUCGCACCGCGAGCGGAAUUCCAACAGGGACUCUGACAUGAGUUUCGGGCUGCACAGUCCGGAAGGGCUGGCCGCGAGUUCGGGACACGAAGCCCUGCAGGAACUGUGGAAAAACCUGCAAGAGGACAACCGGUCGUUGCCCAGGAGCAGUUUGUACUUGGAACCGGACUUGAUAGACUUGACGUUAAUACCGCCACCUAUUGAAGAGGCGAAGAUCAACCAGACGAACGGUUCCAACUCUGGCAGUCAGUGCAGUCUGCCGCCGACGCUGUUCGCGGACUACGACCACCAGCAAAACGCGGAUCGAUUUUUAGACUCUGUACUGGAUAACGGGUUCAAAAACCACACGAAUCUCAUGAGCCUGGACCUAGAGUCGUUCUUGGCCACGAUGACCAUACCACCACCGCCCUUGCUACAGACUUCCGGUGACGGGCGGCCGGAAGAGAAGCGAUCCAAUGUGGUGUUAACGUCCGAAGAGAUAUCGUCGUUCAUAAUACCACCACCCCCUCCCAAAGCGGUGGUACCGCCAUCGGUAUUGAUGUCGACGGCCGCGGACGGCGUCGCCGAACACCCGCACCAACACCAACACCGACGAUCAGACUCCGGUGACGAGACGGACGACCGCCGCCGCCGAAGCGUCAGCCAGACGAGGACCCCUGCCCCUGGGACGUCCGUCAGCGCGGCCACCACGCCGGACGGUCCGUGCGCGGCCACCAGUGAGAAAACGCUGCCCGGUUUCUCGUGCUGUUCGAGGCCCAGACAGCGGAGCCCGGACUCACAGCCACCGUGCCUGCCCACCCGGGCUCAGAACAUGACGCUACCCCGCGUCAAACCCAAGGUCCCGCCCAGGGUGGACUCGACGCUGUCGACAAAACCGCCGCUGCCGCCGAUGCCGUCGCAGGAAACGCUGAUGCGGAACGGUUGCUAUUCGACCAACAGGGACGCGGUGGCUGUCAUCAACGAACUGACGGGCAGACUGAACGAGUUCGGCGAACAGUGUAACACGGCCCAAGCUCAAGGAGGCGGCACGCAUCUGGAUGAGACCAAGUUCCAGGAAGCCAAGGACAUACUGUGCCAAGAAGCCAGGCAGCUGGUGACGUCCUCGAAGAUCCUGAUCCGGUGCUACAUGAACCCGAAGAGCGCCGAGUUCCAGGCGAACCUGUCGCAGUGCGUCACGCAACUGCGCCGGAUGACCGUGCUCAGCGGCAACAUGACCAGGCACACGUCGUCGCCGCUGCAGACCCGCAACCUCAUACUCAAGGUGGCCGACGUUCUGCGCACGUUCCACGGCCUCCUCGUGGACACGGACGUGUGCACGGAAACGCUCACCAGGCACGCCGAGGGCCUGGCCAACGUGCUGGCGAAACUUUUGCGCAGCCUCCGGGUGUUCUCGCCAUGACGGCGAACGUCGGUCGGGGCCGCGGGUCCCGACUAGGUGUCGAUGCGACGAGUGUCCGCCGUAGUCUCGUCGGCGUACAACGGAAAACCGGAAAACGGCCGAGGAGGGAAAUUUUCAUCCGAUUGGUUCAUUUUUUUAUGUACAUAAUAUAAUUUUUAGGUAGGACGAGCCUCGAGUUUGUUUGUUUGUUUUUUAUUAUUAACGUGUAAGUCGAAGCCAAAAAAUCGUUUUAAUUACAAUAUAAUAUCUAUAUAUAGGUUACGCAUUAGGUUGAAUAGCAUAUUAUAAUAAUGUCAGUAUAUGAUCGUCGUACGUGCGCCAGAUCACGAGAAUACAUCGCCGUUAUGUCCGUUUAGGUACUAUCGAUCAUCGAUACAUCCAACAAUAUAUUAUAAUUUAUAAUAUAAUAUGAUAUAUUAUUAUUGUUAUAUUAUGGUAAUAUAUUGUUAUCGAUUUAUAUGCACUCAAUCCGUUCGUUGGAUUUCCAAGACCAAAUAUAAUAAUAUUACAUUAAAUAGGGCAUCCAGGUUUACGGGUACCGUCGGUUAGGGUACGUCGCGCAGUCGUCGUACCCGCCGAGAAUUAUCUUAUAGUAUCUCUACAUGUUUUUAUUUUUUAUUAUUAUUAUUAUUAUUAUUAUUGUUUUUAUUUGUUUCUUUUUUAUUAUUAUUAUCAAUUGUCAUUAUCAUUAUUGUUGUAAAAUUGUAGCAUUAAAUCUAGUCAAAUUUUAGAAUAUAAUUCGGUCUGUUCGUUUUUCGAAUAUACGCAUGACACAUAAUGAUAAUAUAUUAUAUAAUAUGAUUUGUAAAAAAAACGUAAAUAAGGUUGUUUUUUAAAAAUAAUAAAAAAAUGUCUAGUUUUAAUCCCACGUUAAAUAAAUGGCAUGUCAAUUAAUCAAAAUAAUUAAUAUUUUCGCAGUGCACUUAAUAAUACAGUACGGAAAUAGUUCGAUUUCACGUGAAAAAAAUUAACGAUAUAUUAUAUAUAUAAUAUAUAUUAUAUCAUAGUAAUAAAUAAUAAUAAUAUAUAAUAUAGACUUAGAAAUAUUAAUAAAAUUUAAAAUUUAAAUUAAUCGAUUUUUUUUCUUUUAAUGCUAACGCCGUUGUUAAUUUUUCCAUUCCAUAAUUAUUGUGAGUACCUAUAAUGUUUAUUUUGUUGUUUAUAUUAUUUCAAUGCGUUACACAAUGUACCAUCUCGUACCAAUUUUUAAAUUGUAUAUUAUGUAUAAUUUCGGUACGUAGAGCAUUCAUUUUUUUUUUUUUUUUUUUGACAUUGACAUAGUGUUUUAACCUUUAUCAUAAUAUGUCACGAACUGUAUGGAUUUGUAUUUGUUUAUUAUAUUAUUAUUAUUAUUUCCAAAAACAAACGAUUUUUUUAUGUAUUUUCAUAUUUUACCGGAGAACAAAAUUGUAAAAUGUAUUUGAUUAAAAACAGGUUUUCGAUGAAAAAUAAUAUAUAAU